AUGACGUCUCCCUCUACGAUUCACCAGCGGUUCCUUUCCAAGCCCAAUGAGUUGGGUGUGGUUGCCGUCGGCUUCUCCGGCGGGCAGUGCAAACCAGGAGUGGAAGCCGCGCCCUCCGCGUUGAUCGCUUCCGGUCUUCUCGACCAACUGCGCGAUGAUCUCGGGUAUGACGUGCACUAUGACAGCAAGGUCCACAACUAUACGGAUAUUAUUCCCGCGCCGGACCAGGACCCCGAAUUCAGAGGGAUGAAGAAACCCCGCGCCGUGAGCGCAGUCACGGAGCGUCUGAGUCAGCAGGUCUACGAACACGCCAAAGAGGGCAAGUUUGUCCUUACUCUGGGCGGCGAUCAUUCGAUCGCGAUCGGGACCAUCUCAGGGACUGCCAAGGCGAUCCGGGAAAGGAUGGGCGGCCGCGAGCUGGCGGUGAUCUGGGUCGAUGCGCAUGCCGAUAUCAACACGCCUGAGACGAGUCCUAGCGGCAAUAUCCAUGGAAUGCCGGUCGCGUUCCUCACGGGGCUGGCCAAGGAGGAGAGAAAGGACAUCUUUGGCUGGCUGCAGAAGGAGCAUCUGGUCAGUGUGAAUAAACUGGUGUAUAUCGGUUUGCGGGAUGUCGAUCGGGGGGAGAAAAAGAUUCUCCGAGAGAACGGCAUCAAAGCAUUCAGUAUGCACGACAUUGACAAGCAUGGCAUCGGGCGCGUAGUGGAGAUGGCCCUCGCGCACAUUGGCAACGACACUCCUAUCCAUCUGUCCUUCGACGUAGACGCUCUCGACCCGAUGUGGGCACCGAGCACCGGCACGCCGGUCCGAGGGGGCUUGACACUGCGGGAGGGAGACUAUAUCGCCGAGUGUGUUCACCAGACAGGGAAUCUGGUUGCGAUGGACAUGGUGGAGGUGAACCCCAGCCUGGAAGUGGGCGGAGCGACUGAAACGAUCCGCACGGGAUGCUCCCUGGUCCGCAGUGCGCUGGGAGAUACCUUGCUGUAG